GCAGGUUUGGAUUUAUUGAUACAUACAUGUACGUGGCAUGGGAUACCUUCAGUUUAUUGGUCUACUCUUACUCCUCCUUCAAAGAGCAUGCCCCCAGCCUCCAUUGAUAACAGGAUUGCCGGUUGAGCCAGUAUGCUCUAGUAAAGAGUCUAUAGUGUUAAACUGUACAACAUCUUCUGAGCCGCUACAAACAUUUUGGAAAAUAAAUGAAUUUGGUGUUGAUUUUGUGUUUGCACCUGAUGGUAUGACAGUAGGUUCUACUAACAGUAGGUUUGUUGGCACUUUAGUGAGUGCAACUUCAGAUCUCACCAUAUCUACACUAACAUUUGCUGCUAAUGCAUCAUUCAAUGGUGUAGAAGUUGAGUGUAUUGAUGGUAGUACAUUACCUUCCACUGUUAGCAGCAUAACAAUAAACUUCACUCUAGCAACUCUUCCUGGUCCACCAGUAAAUGCAUCAGUUGCUUCUCUUAAUUGUUCCUCACUUAUAGUUAAAUGGGAUCCACCUAAUGAUACUGGAGGAGUAGAAGGAAUAUCUUAUGAACUGAUGGUUUCAUUGAAUGACACUCUCAUUAAAGAACUGAGCAAUAUCACAGAUACUUAUAUUACACUAACUGAUCUGGAUUAUGAGACUGAGUAUAAUAUAAGUAUCAUUGCUGCCAACUGUGUGGGUAGAGGGGAGCCAGCUUUUAUCACACCAACCAUUACCAUAGAGCCUCCAUCAAAUCUCACUGCUUCAGUGCUGGACUGCUCAUCACUGAAUGUAACUUGGACAAGACCAGCUCUUGAAUUUGAUGAAGCCAUAUCCUUUGAUAUAACAAUCUCUCCACCACCUCCUUCUCUCAUUACUUCUCCUUAUUUUACUGAAGGAGUAUGUACUACUGAUGAAGAGUUCCUCAUAGUAACUGGAUUAGAUCUAUACAGUUUAGGCUAUACUGUUAACAUCAGUAGUAGUAUAUGCUCAGGAGAUGCUUAUUCAUCUUAUGCAACUAUACAGCAAGUAGAACCACUGUCCAGUGUAAUUUCAUUGGGUCCAUUGAAUGUCUCAUUCCUGUCAUGUGAUACCAUGUUUUUGUCAUGGAGUGAGUCAAGAGUGUAUUCUGAAUAUGGUGUAACAGUAUCAUCUUCUGAUGGCUAUAGUUUGAACACUAGUACACCAUUACCUUACAUUAAUGUCACUGGUUUAGUGUAUGGUGCUACCUAUGCAGUGUCUGUGUAUGCUGAAGGUUGCAAGGAAAGUAUGAUCAGUAGGGACAUUAUUAGUAGGGACUUCUCACUCUGUGACAGUGACAUGUCAUCAUCACUAAGUGUGACAUCAUCUUCACUUGUAGCAUUCCCUACAGUAUCAGUAGAUUCUGUUAGUAGUUUAUCAUACAAUACUGCCUUUAGUCCCUUAACAUCAGUUAUUUCAACACCAACUGCUACUCAUGAGCCUUUCUCUAAUACUUUUCCAAGCUAUUUUUGGGCGAUUAUUGUAACUGGAUUCAUUUUAAUAGCACUGGUAGGAGUCCUCAUUGUCUUGACUUUACGUUUCACCAUCAAAAAGAGACAACUUGUAAAAGAGAUGAUACAGAUCAAUCCAGAGCCUAAAUCUAAAGUUCAUUUAUUAUCUGCUAAAUCUGAUGCUGUAUCUCCUACAGACUCAAUUGCUGCUCCUCCUCAAUCUUUUUCUACUCAACAAUCGUCAAUUCCUCUUUCCACUUUGACCUCUAGUAGCAACAAUGGAUCUCCUGUACUGACUAAAAGUGAAACUGUAGCCUAGCAUAGGAGCUUGUCCUACUUCUUAAUCAUUUUAAAUUUAUGCAUGUUUAUAGCAAUCAUUGUAGAAUAUUUAAAUAAAAAGUAUUAUAACUUUUUCUUUAAAACAAGAAGCAACUAAGGAACAUAUAGAAAGAAAUACAGACACAAAGGGAAGCUACAGUAUAGUAUGUAGAAGGACACUAACAGCAGAAUAAUAAUAAAGUUUUUUUGUUUACACAGACUUAUUUACGUCAGAUACA